AUGGCACAAGAGUUCAUAUUAACUCCACUUCUUCUUUUUUAUUUUCUGUUGUCAUCUGUAUUGACAACAAAUAAUUUUUCUUAUUCCGCUUCGUCACUAUCAUCAAAUACUGCACCAUAUUGUUCAUUUUUUUCUAAUCGUGCACCAAGCCCACAACCAGCAUUGACUAAUUGUACAUGGUUUAAAGAGAAUAGUUGUUGUCGAGAUAAUGAAGUUCGUCUUAUUUUUUCUCAGGUACGUCCAUUAAUUGGCUCGUCAUCAGAAUGUACACGUUUUCUUAAUGUAUUAAUGUGUUAUGUAUGUUCACCAUUGCAAUAUGGAUUUUAUCGAAGUGAACGUCUACAUGUAUGUUUAUCAUAUUGUGAUCGAAUGCAUAAAGCAUGUGCAACAGCAUUAAUGAAAGGUAUACCUGUUGGUGAAUUAUAUGCAAAUGGACGUGAAUUUUGUCUUUCACGUCGUUUUGAAAUCAAUGAUUUUGAUAAUUCAUCAUCAUGUUUUUCUGAUGAUGAUUUAAUAUUACAAACAAAAAAACAAAUCAGAAUAGGUGAUAUUAAUAUGGGUUCAACAAAUAUUGAACGGCCUAAUUUUUUAAAAUUAUUUAUUGUCAUUUGUUUAGCUGCAAUGCUUAGUUUUAUUCUAUGUUGA